AUGUUCGCUCUCAUCGCUGCUCUCGCUGUUGCCGCCGUCCCUGCCUUCGCCGCCGAGGAGAAGGCCACCUUCACCAUCUCCCCCAUCAGCGCCCCCGAGCUCUGUCUUGCCGUGAACAACGCCACCAACGGUUCCGGCCUCAAGCUUUCCAAGUGCACUAACGGUGCUGGCACCGCCUACACUUACAGCACCAAGACUGCUCACCUCACUGCUUUCACCGAGGAGGACCUGAAGGGUGAGGAGCAGGACGACGCCCACCACCACUGCAUCGACGUCACCGACGGCAAGGCCCACAACGGCAACCUCCUCCAGCACUGGAUCUGCGCCAUCCCCUCGGACAACCAGGUGUUCGACUUUGACCCCGUUGAGGGCAAGGAGGACAAGAACAUCUACACGAUCAAGUGGAGCCAGAACGACUACUGCUUCGACGUCAAGGACGGCAACUUCACCGAGGGCGCCGACGUCCAGAUCUGGCGCUGCGUCCCCUCCAACACCAACCAGCAGUGGACCGUCGCCAACAUUGCCGACCCCACUUGCGACGGUGCCACCGACGGCUCGCUCGAGACCUACGCCGAGGAGGCCCAGAAGCUCGAGGCUGAGCAGCAGCACAAGCGCGGCCUCAACGGCCACCGCCGCCGCACCAUCUUCUAA